AUGGAGGAUCCCUCGGUACAUUCGACGCAAGCCUUUCAGCCACCGCCAGGCAUAAUCUCGCCCAGACACACACCGGCUAUCAGAUCGUCUGCCAGUGCCGCAUCGAGCGACGUUGUUGACUAUCUCAAAACCCAGAAUAUCGUUCGUGCAUUCCAGCAAUAUGGUCAUUCAGCCGCAAAGAUCAGCCCUCUCGGCGAUGUCGGCAACGCGACAGUCAAGCCGCACGACGAUAUCCCAAGUACAACGAACUUAAGCAAGUACGGCUUCACCGCCGCAGACUUGGACCGUGAAAUUGUUCUAGGUUCAGAGAUUUUCCCUCACCUCGCACAACACCACAAGACGAUGAAACUCCGCGACAUCAUCGCCACGUGCGAGCAGAUUUACUGCGGCUCCAUUGGUGUCGAAUACCACCACAUAUCCGACCCAGCCAAGCGCCAAUGGCUCCGCGAGCGCAUCGAAGCAUACCAUACCUUGCCCCCCUCACCCGAAGAGAAGAAGCAGAUCCUCGACAAUUUGAUCUGGGCAACCACCCUCGAGCGCUUCCUCGCCGCCAAAUACCCCAACGAGAAGCGCUUCGGCCUCGACGGCGCGGAAGGGCUGGCGCCCGGCUUAGCCGCGCUCAUCGAUCGCUGCGCAGAGGCGCAUGGCGUACUGGAUAUCGUUAUCGGAAGCUGUCACCGCGGGAGGAUGAAUCUGAUGAGCACGGUGUAUGGAAAGGACUAUGAGACGCUGUUCCGUCAGUUCUCGGGCACGGAGACGUUUGAUACGGCAAAGGGCCAGACUGGGGAUGUCAAGUAUCAUUUUGGCAUGGAGGGGGAGAGGGCGACUGCGGGCGGGAAGAUGGUCGGCAUCUCCAUGUUGCCGAAUCCAUCCCACUUGGAGGCUGUCGAUCCUGUUGCCCAGGGGAAAGCCAAGGCUGUACAACAUCUGAAGAAUGAUGUCGAUCAGUCCAAGGUGAUGUUCUUGGCUCUCCACGGGGACGCCGCCUUUUCUGGUCAGGGACCCGUGUACGAGACACUCAACCUUUCAGCUCUGAAAGGCUACGAAGUCGGCGGCACCAUCCGGAUAAUUGUGAACAACCAGGUCGGUUUCACUACCGACUCGCCAGACUCAAGAUCAACGCCAUACUGCACGGAUUUGGCCAAAUAUAUCGAGGCCCCCAUUUUCCACGUCAACGCCGAUGAUCCGGAAGCCGUUGUGUUCAUCAGUAAGCUGGCUGCGGACUGGAGAGCCAAGUUCCGCUCGGACAUCGUAAUUGAUGUCGUCUGCUACCGGCGCUUCGGGCACAACGAGAUUGACCAGGCCAGUUUCACUCAGCCUGAAAUGUAUAAGAGCAUUGCUGAGCAGAAACCGUUGAUGGACCUCUACAUUGAGAAGUUGAUCGGCGAGGGUGGGAUGUCUGCUGAAAUGGCAGAGCAGCAGAAGACUUGGGUCUGGGAGCAGCUGGAGGAGAAAUUGGCGAGAAGCAAGCAACUAGCUGACCGAUCCCCGGACGCUGGUUCUUCGGACUUGACUUCAGCCGCUGAGAUUACUACAUCUACGAACGCGGUCGACGAGGCCGCACUUUUGACAAUUACCAACGCAAUCACCAGCGUUCCAGAAGGCUUUAAUCUCCACCGCAACCUUCAACGCAUCCUCGCCGCCAAGAAGCAAGCCUUCGACGACGGCACGGUCGACUGGUCCACAGCCGAAGUCCUGGCCUUCGGAACCCUUCUCCAGGACGGCAAGUCCGUUCGCCUCAGCGGCCAAGACGUCGAGCGAGGCACCUUCUCCCAGCGCCACUCCGUCCUACACGAUCAAGUCACCCACGCAGAGUACACGCCCCUAAACAACCUAGAUACUCCAGGAGCAGGCACAUACAGCGCAAUCAACUCCCCGCUCAGCGAGUUCGGUGUCCUGGGGUUCGACUAUGGGUACUCCCUCGCCGCGCCGCACUCGUUGGUGGUAUGGGAGGCGCAAUUUGGCGACUUUGUCAACAAUGCGCAGGUAAUUGUCGAUCAGUUCAUCUCUUCGGGGGAGGCGAAAUGGAUGCUCGAGUCUGGACUCGUCAUGUCUUUGCCGCAUGGGUAUGACGGGCAGGGACCGGAGCAUUCUUCUGCUAGGCUUGGUAGGUUUCUGGAGUUGGGGAGCGAGGAUGGGCGGGCUUAUCCUGAGGAUUUGGAGAAGCUGAGGAGGGAGGGGAAUGUGAGGAUUGUGUAUAUGACGACGCCGGCGAAUUUGUUUCAUGCGUUGAGGAGGCAGAUUUAUUCUCCUGAGAAGAAGCCUCUAAUUAUUUUCUUCUCCAAGUCUCUUCUCCGACAUCCUAUCGCCAGGUCUCCCGUUUCUGACCUAACGGGUACAUCAACCUUCCAGCCCGUCCUCGAGGACCCGGAACACGGACGGGGUAAUAUACUCCCCCACGAGGAGAUCGACCGCGUGAUUCUCUGUAGUGGUCAAGUCUACGCGGCACUGCACAAAUAUCGUGAAUCAAAGGGUAUCAAGAACGUCGCCAUCACGCGCAUCGAAGAACUCCACCCUUUUCCCUGGGCCGAAGUGAAGGAGAAUCUGGAGUCAUAUCCCAAUGCGCAAAAGAUUGUGUGGUGUCAGGAGGAGCCAUAUAACGGAGGCGCAUGGCAAUACAUGCGGGACAGAUUUGAGACUGUGAUUGAGAAUUGGAGCGUGCUUGGGGGUAAGAAGAUUGUUUACGCCGGACGGGGGACUGGGGCUGCUACUGCUACUGGGUCCAAGAAGGUUCACCAAGCUGAGGAGACCAAGUUGCUCGAAGAUGCUUUCGAAGGUUAG